AUGACCUCCGCUCUCAAGGCCCUGCCCAACAUCCAUAGAGCCUGCAUGAUCCCAGCCUGUCGGGUCCAAGCAUCUCACCCGCGCAGUAUGUCUCUCUGGGAGCACGGGCUGCACCUCUUCCGCAGUGCCGUGGGUGUCGUCCUGCCGGCCCCCAUGCUGAGAAGGGCCCUGGUGCUCAAAACAGAUGGCUGCCCCAGGCUGGUCGUGAGGGACCGGGCUUUCCCUGUGAGGAGGAACCUGUAUCUGGUGGGCUUCGGGAAGGCUGUGCUGGGAAUGGCUGCCGAGGCAGAGGAGAUCCUCGGGGACCACCUAAUUCAGGGGGUUGUCAGCGUCCCCCAUGGCAUCCGGGCAUGCCUGCAGCAGGCGGGAAUGGAGGAGAUGUUGCUGAAGCCUCACAGCAGGAUCCAGGUCAUAGAAGGAGCUAAGCACAACCUCCCUGACAGAGAGGCUCUGAGGGCAGCCAGCAUGAUUCGGGAGCUAGCUGAAGGCCUGACAGCUGACGAUCUCCUCCUUGUGCUGAUCUCAGGAGGCGGAUCGGCCCUACUGCCUGCUCCUACUCCUCCGAUCCUCUUGGAGGAGAAAGAGAAGGUCACCAAGCUUCUGGCUUCCAGAGGAGCUACCAUACAGGAGCUCAACACCAUCCGGAAGGCCCUUUCCUUGUUGAAAGGUGGAGGGUUGGCCCGGGCUGCAUAUCCUGCACAG